ACACCUGAUUCCUGGAUGAAUCACCUGUUCAGCAGCUCAUCAGGCUCUGCAGCAGCUUGUUAAUCACUAGUAGAUUCAAACCAGGUGUGUUUAAGCAGAGAAACAAGUAAAACCUGCUGGACAGCAGCCCUCGAGGACUGGGAUUGCCCACCCCUGUUUUAGACAAAGGUGUCAUGAGAUCAGCAAGGGGACCAGAGGAAAGUCUAGCAAAGUUACACAUCCUCCAUCUCAAGAGGGAAAAUAAAGGUAAACUUGGAAAAAUACUAACAAAUUGUAGUUAUAAUGUUCACUAACACAUCCUAUAUAUCAAGUGAUUUCCAGCUUUUAUUGUAUUUUUAUUGUUUAAUUUCCAUUCUCAUAACUACUGUUGGUUUUAAUGAAAAAUGAGCCUGAGAUGGUUUUGAACCUCACUAACACUUUCCUGCUUUACAAAAACAAAAUCGUGGGCUUUUAUAAAAGAAAUUUCUAGUAGUGGUUGUGUGUGUUUGAAGCUGUUUCCUGGACAGAGGAGCCCGGUCCCUCCUGCGCUUCUCCCCUCCGCCUCCUAUCGCGCUGCGGAGCUGCAUGAUGUCAGUCCGCCGGGGUCAUUUCAAGGUCAGCAGCCUCGGAGGGUUCACUCAAAGUUCACCGGCAUACAUUAGGCAAUUCAAUCUUUCAUUCGCGCUGGAAAGAAAAUAACUAGUUGGAAAUGAGCUGCGCAUGUGGACGCCGAACCCGUCCGGUACCGCCCGGUGUCGUUCUGGUUUGUGGAUAAAAUAAAGACCCAGCAGCUUGAGCGUGUUCCGCCACUUUCGAGGACCGGGACGGGCAUCCGGGGAAGCACGUCGGAAUCCCGGUGAUCUCAUGGAAGGGUCCGGUUCGGAUGUCCGCCGUGGCGCGCGGACGCGAUCCGGUCCGAGCGUCUAGCUGCGAGACAUUUUGGACUGAAAUAAUUCAUGAUUCCGGUGCGGGACGAAGGAGGGGAAGAGGAGAGAAACGCGCCGUGCCUGGAGGAGGAGGAGGAGGAGGGAAAGGAGGAGGAGGGGGAGGAGGUGAAGGAGAAGAGUUUGAUGGAGUUGCGUGCGCGGGUUCCGACGGGUUUUCUCCAAAACGCAUGCGAGUAGCAGAGCGACGCUGUGAUGUUUGACUGCGUGGACGUGCUGUCCGUGAGUCCGGGACAGAUGCUGGACUUCUACACGUCCAGUCCGUCCUCCUGCAUGCUGCAGGAGAAGGCUCUGAAAGCCUGCAUCAGCGGACUGGCGCGCCGAGAGUGGCAGCACCGGCGGAGCGCGCACUCCAUUGAAACACAGAGUACCAGUUCUGAGGAGCUGGUCCCCAGUCCGCCAUCCCCGCCUCCCCCACCCAGAGUCUACAAGCCCUGCUUUGUCUGCCAGGACAAGUCAUCUGGUUACCACUAUGGAGUCAGUGCAUGCGAGGGCUGCAAGGGUUUUUUCCGCCGAAGCAUCCAGAAGAACAUGGUGUACACAUGUCAUCGGGACAAGAACUGCAUCAUCAACAAGGUGACAAGAAAUCGCUGUCAGUACUGCCGCCUGCAGAAGUGCUUUGCAGUGGGAAUGUCCAAAGAGUCUGUUCGAAACGACCGGAAUAAGAAGAAGAAGGAGAGCCCAAAGCCAGAGCUAGCAGAGAGUUAUGAACUGACGGCAGAACUGGAGACCAUCAUUGAAAAGAUCCGUAAGGCCCAUCAAGAAACCUUCCCCUCCCUCUGCCAGCUGGGCAAAUACACCACGAACUCCAGUGCAGACCACCGUGUGAGGCUUGACCUGGGCCUGUGGGACAAGUUCAGUGAGCUGGCCACCAAGUGCAUUAUCAAGAUUGUGGAGUUUGCCAAACGAGUGCCUGGCUUCACGAUGUUGACCAUCGCCGAUCAGAUCACGCUCCUGAAAGCUGCCUGCCUGGACAUCCUGAUCCUACGGAUCUGUACAAGAUACACUCCCGACCAGGACACCAUGACCUUUUCAGACGGACUGACCCUCAAUCGGACACAGAUGCACAACGCCGGCUUCGGCCCGCUCACUGACCUGGUGUUCACGUUUGCCAACCAGCUGCUGCCCAUCGAGAUGGACGACACGGAGACGGGCCUCCUCAGUGCCAUCUGUCUCAUCUCAGGAGACCGUCAGGACCUGGAGGAGCCCUCCAAGGUGGACCAACUCCAGGAGCCGCUGCUGGAGGCUCUGAAGAUCUAUGUGAGGAAACGCCGGCCCAGCAAACCACACAUGUUCCCAAAAACUUUGAUGAAGAUCACCGACCUGCGCAGUAUCAGCGCCAAAGGAGCGGAGCGAGUCAUCUCUCUGAAAAUGGAGAUUCCAGGAUCCAUGCCACCACUCAUCCAGGAGAUGCUAGAGAACUCUGAAGGCCAGGACAGCCAGAGCAGCAGCAACAGCAGCACUUCAGCCAAGGCUGGGUCGAGUCCCAGCAGUAAGGACACGGACCCGGUGGAGUCACCGGGGUCCCUGGAUACCGAGGAGCCCCCGGCCACGCCGCCCAGCGAUGAGCCCUAGGGGGUUCCUGAGGGGCCUCUGAGACUCUGACAAUCCUUUGCACAAAACGAAGCUGGAGUGUCUGAACCAGGCUCCUCUGCUCGGCAUCAUAAAAGCUCUAAAUCCUCCUCCAACUUACUCUAAAUCCUUUCCCUGAAAAGAAAUACAGAGCCCUCCGAGGAUCAGUGCUUUGUGUUUACUCCUUAUUUUAUCGCUGGGUUUUUCUGGGACCAGGACUUAGAGGGAUGGGCGUGGCCCUCAUGAACCCAGAGAUGAUGCUCCUCAGGUCUCCUGUGUAAAUUCGUACCUGCAUGACGGGAGUUUGAUACGUGGUUCCUCUGUUUCAUCUCAUUUGGUUGGCAUUGUACAUACCAUGGUAUGGUCAGGACUCCGUCUCAUGGUGAAUGUUCUGGUGCUUUUAUUUUAUUGUGGUAAAUAUUCUCUCUGAGGUGAGACAGCAAGCAGGACUAAUUCUAAGUUCUUCAGAAGUGAUCUAGAAUGUUAUUGCACACAGACAUUAAGUCAAGUAUUUUAUACUUGUCUCUUUAUUUAUAAUUGUUUGUUAUUUUGUCUUUUACUACGUGAAUGCAUCCAAAAGGCCAGAAUGCAAAGCUGUUCUCUGUCUCUGCAGUCCCGGUGGUGCAAAGGCCAACAGCAGAAACCCUCUCAUCAGACCGGUAGCAUCGGCCCCGGCCCCGACCCCGGCCCACGCCCGACAAACACAAGAUUAUCCAGAGAUGAUUAGGAUCUAACUCACCACGACGACAUACCAGCCAUUUUUACUUCACCCUGACAGAAAUGCUGCACUUUAUUAAAAUUUUCCAGAAGACAGUCUCUUCUUAGAAAAUCAUUUAAUUUGUUCACACAAACGGACCAACACUGCAUCACAACAGGACACUUGUGAAACUGUGAAGUCAGUUAUGCCCUCAGAGUUGAGAGUAGGACAGAAUCAGCUGUCUAGAGACAAAAAAGUGGAAGUUAGAAAACACUAAAACUUUCAGAUAGAAUGGAGGCCAUGUGCUCUCAUAACAAAUACACUUUAACCUGUUGUGGGUUGUCAUCAGCUGCUUUGGUCCAGGACCAAGAUGUUGGUGUCGUCUCUGAGCUAAAGUGUUAAAUAAAUCUCCACUCUGCACUUUAGACGUGACAUCACUGCAACAUGAGCUGAUCGACGGUCAGAAAGCUGUUAGUAGAGCCACAGCCGCUGACCUGCCUUGUGACGCAGCAGCCCAAAGCCGGUCUGAUGAGUGUGUGUUCUGUUUCGGCGUUGUGAACAAAGCUCCACAUCACAGUCUCCUCUCUUCUGAAGUGUCUUGUAUGAAUCAGUGGCAUAGGAGGGCAAUGCAAUCCUAAAACCACGAGGACCGGUAUGAUUGUACAGGAACACAGAAAGCACACCGCAGGGUCAGACCCCAGCGGUCGCUCUGCUCUACUGAUGCUAAAGGAGAUUCCAGGUGACCUUUCACCCUUCCAGCUGUGGGAACAUUCCCUUUGGACAGUUGAUCUGACUGACAGAUAUGAGGUGGACCUGCUGAAAGUCAAACAUGACCCCAGCGGACCCCAGAGUGUGGCCUUCAACCACAGCCAAGAUCACAUUAGACCAUGAACCUUCACAAACACACUGUUGUGUUCUCUUUGCAGACCCAGAUCCUUCUCUACCCUGCUGCUCAGUGGUUCUGAACAUGACCAGUAAACCCAGUAUCUCACUGGGAUGCAACUGGUGGAGACUAAUUGUGAAGGAGAUUCAAACGAGGGUUUCCAAAAUGUGUAAAGCGUUCUCGUGGGUUCUCAGUUUCCCCACAUGGAGUGUGUUAUGUCACUGGAAAUUAGAAGAGGUUCAAGAAGCAAAUUUUUAGUCAGAAGAGUCUUAGCGUGGUCUCUCUCCUCAUUUUGCUCUCUUUGGGUCAGAGAGUGGAGGAAUCUGAGAAACCUUUGGGUGGAGUUGGAUACCAAGAAAAUGAGAAAUACUGUAAGUGAAAUAUAAAUGAGACGCAGUCAGCUUAAAGACACACUUAUGUUUCCCACUUCUGCCUCCUACUGGUUGAAAUAUGGGAUUACAACUUCUGUAAACAACCCUGCAACAGUGUUAUAGCUAGUGGUAACUAUGAGCUAAACUUAACACAAGCCAAAUGAUGCUAAAUGAGCCACAAAUUUAAAACACCCAAAUUGUUGGACAAAAAAUAUAAUUACUUACAUGUCCUUUAACAACAAAGCCAGGUCACCAUCAGUCUCUGACUUCAUAGCCUCCUUUAGCUCCCUCAAACGAGUGUGGGCUGCGCCGAUGUUAACUCUUUGCUUUGUCUCCAGGCUUUACCACGAUGCCAACAAAUACAAAAAUGUCUUUUUCUUGUGCAUUUUAUUGAUAGUUGGCAAAAUGAUACCAACACAGUGAAAAGCUAUUGCCAUAAAGCAGGUAGAGACCUCCCACUAGUGUUCCGACCCAAAAAAUAAAACUUUUAAUUGCAGUUUCUGACCAGCAGAGGGCUACAGGCUGCUGUCCCAGGUGAAAUUGCUCAUGUUCCCGGCUCAAGAACCACUGAAACCAUUUUUAAAGCAAUAGCUUAAAGUGUUGUGAUUUAAGCCAAUGUUGAAUAAAGUAAAAGUCAUAGUUCUCUACAUAACCUAAACUAAAGGUACAGCUGACAGAGUAGGACCGUGUCUUCCACUUUGGGUGUGGUUAAAAACAGCAAAAUGUCUGACUGCUCCCACCACUAGGUGGCGAGAGCACCCUUUUUAACAGCACAUCAAAGCACAGAGGAAGAACAUUUUUAGCUUAGCUUUAAAUUUUCCUCAAACUUUUCUAAAAACAUUUUAGGGAACAAUUCAUGACAUGCAUGAUGAAAUGUUAAAAAAGACAAAAUCAGGAUGAAAGGGGACCAGGGUAAAAAAAAAACUAAAAAUGUUUCCAUUAUUUUGUUUUUAAGGCCCAAAUGAAGAGGGAGCUAGCUUUAAAACCAACAGCUCAGGUUGAGAAAGAGAUUUACCAGAAGUGGUGUGGGCGGGGCCUAAACCAGACACCAUUUGGGGAGUCACUGAGUAAUGAAGACCUACAGUUCAUGACUUAUCAUAUUGAGGGCAUAAUUUUAAACUGUAAAUUUCUUGAAUGUGAGCUGAGUUGUUCCUGUUCUGUAAAGCAGCAGAACUUUUGGUGGUUCGGACAGGUUCUGGGUCUCAGAGACACAUAAACAUUCCAUCUGGGGUCAGAGCUCCACAUCAUAAGGGAUGUUUUCUUGAUUUGGUUUUGUCUGAAUGUGAAUAAUAUGGCCUCUCGGACUGAUAUGCAGUGAGUUGAUUUUCCUGGGACAGGAAGCUUCUCUCAGUGAGAGAUGGAGAGCUGGUUUCCUGUCUUUUAUCUGGUCUAACGUGUUUCCUUUAAGCUUAAACCUUCACAGCUGACGAAUGUCCACAGCCGCCCCUGAAGCAUCACAUCAGCCCUCGGGCGCUGGAAUGCAGCAGGAGCUGCUCCUUUAGGACUCGACUCCAUGAUGCUGAACUACUUGUAUUCUGUUCUGUUGAAUGUUGUACCGACGUAACUGUAAACUCUGGUAUCUAGCUCACUGCGGGGCUGUUAUAUAAACGCUGUGUGCUUUGCAUUCCAA